GUAAUUCAGGCCUUCUAUGCGCUGUGACCUUUUGCAGGAUGGGAUAGUUUGUUCCAGUGGAAUGCGGAAGCUGUGAGCCUCCUAAGCUGUUGUGGAAUCUGUACAUGACCAAGCUAACUCUCUACCAGACCAACAGGGUGACGUUCUCUUUGCAUAUAUAAGACACUAAAUCAAAUCCCAGGACCACCUACAGUCUGAGAGAAUGGCGAACACGGCCAAGGGCAGAGUGUGCGUCACCGGGGCAUCAGGCUUCAUCGCCUCCUGGCUCGUCAAGCGGCUUCUCGAAUCCGGGUACCAUGUUCUAGGAACAGUCAGAGACCCAGGGAAUCAAAAGAAAGUAGGACACCUCUGGGAUUUAGAAGGUGCGAAGGAAAGGCUGGAGCUUGUGAGAGCUGACCUCUUGGAAGAAGGAAGCUUUGACGACGCUGUGAUGGCUUGCGAGGGCGUCUUCCACACCGCGUCGCCCAUCGUCAUUAAAUCUGAUUCCAAGAUGGCUAAACAUGUCCGAUGGUUUUAGGCCUUAACAAAUAACUAUCAAAACAUGAUUAUGCUACUUCGCCGGAAGAAAUGCUUAAUUCAGCAACAAAUGGCACACUGAACGUGCUGCGACCAUGCAAGAAGAAGCCCUCGCUGAAGAGGGUUGUCCUCACUUCUUCAUCCUCGACUGUGAGGAUCAAGGACGAAGCUGAUCUCCCCCCUAACGUGUCGCUAGAUGAAACAUCAUGGAGCUGCAAUGAAUUCUGCGAAAGUCUCCAGGUGAGCCUAAACAAUCCAAUCCAAAUUCACACUUUGAUCUUGUGCCAGUGCAAACAUUUUCUCUGAAGAGUAUUUGGUGCCUUUCUAAUG